UAGGGUAUGUGAAAUGAGAUACUAUGAAAGGUCAGUUUGCUUCUGGUUUAAUCUGCACUGGACUAGGGGAACCCCCUCACAGUACAGAAUUUCUUCCUAACAUCUAACUUAAACCUUCCAUCUUACAGUUUAAAGUUAUUGCUUCUUGUCCUAUCACUACAUGCCCUUGUAAAAUGUCCCUUUCCAGCUUUUUUGGAGGCCCCCUCUCGAUACUGGAAAGCUACUAUAAGGUCUCCCCAGAGCCUUCUCAUCUUCAUGCUGAACAGUCCCUAUUCUCAUAGCUUAUCUUCGUAGGAGAGUUAUUCCAUCACUCCAGUCAUUUUUAUUGUCCUGCUCUGGACUUGCUUCAGGAAGCCCACAUCCCAGUUAUGUUGGGAGCCCCAGAACUUAGAUCAGUAAAAUUUCCACUGAAUCCUGUUACAAUCUCUGACCAGAAUUAUAACCGCCUUGGAGAGGCUGAGCAUGUUGGUGUUCGUCUAAAAAAUGUAUGUCAACUUAGUGUUAAGGAAGAUGGUGUCCUUACAAGUCCUCUCUAGUCUAACAGGCACUCACAGUGAUGCCUAAUAGUCACGUUCAGAUAUGAGUGAAUGAAAUGGUGUAAGUUCGUUUCUUUAGCCAUUGUAUUGAGCAAAAGAAAAUUGCAUUGUGAUAGUGCUUGCCAUUUUGUGCAGUACUUUUGUGGUUAGAAUAUUUAUCCAAGAAGUAGGAGACUGUGUUCCAUGUUAUUCUGGUAUGUUUUGGCAAAUGCCACAACUUUAUAUGAAAGUUAACUGUUGGAGGGGGUAUACUCUUUCCUUUUGCAUAAACCUCGCCAGUGUCAAAAUUUCAUAGCAUUGAAAAAGUGGAUCAGGGAGGAGGUGAGUCAGUGGCUCAGUGACACAGAAUUCACCUUGGAGUGAGGCAAUUAUGUGCUUUUCUAAAGAGAAAGAAAAAGGUGAAAAUUAUAUAUAAUUUCUUGCAGUCCAGUUAAUUUGUUGUACUGUUGAUAGCACUAUUACAGUGAGUGCAGCUUUCUGAUUUGGGACUUCACAUGUCUGGAGAAAUUUCCCAUGAAGACGCUGCCUGUUUCCACUGUGUAGGAUUUCAAGAUACUUUACACUUGAAGAGUACUUGGAGAAACCUAGGACACCUGUUAACUUGUAUCAAGCUGGAAUUCUGGUGAAAAGCUAAGCAUUUGCUUCCUGGUUGCCGGGAGAAGAUUCUGCUUUCAGGUUAUCAGAGAUGGCAAUUUGAAGAAUCAUCUUUCCGAUAUGAACAAAGUAAAAACAACAUCUGAAAAAAGCAUAUCUGCCAAUUCUCGGACUAUGUCCCUGCUGUCACAGCUGGAGAAGAUCAAUUUGGACUCUGUAUUAGGAGAAUCAGACAGUGCCAGAUAUGUUACCUCCAAGAUCCUUCAUCUGGUUCAGAGUCAAGAAAAAACCAGGAAGGAGAUGACUUCUAAGGGCUCCACUGGAAUAGAAGUUAUCCUGGCAACCCUAGAGAAUACAAAAGAUCCUCAAACUAUUCUAAAUAUAUUGAAUAUUCUCAUUGAGGUAAUCUCAGUUGGUGGCGGUCGGAGAGCAGGUGUCUUGGUUACCAAAGGAGGGACACAGAUCUUAUUACAGCUGCUUUUGACUGCCAGCAAAGACUCUCCACCAAAUGAAGAAUUAAUGGUGCUUCUUCAUACUCUUCUUGCAAAAAUUGGUCCAAAAGACAAAAAGAUUGGCAUGAAAGCAAGAAUAAAUGGUGUCCUAAACAUAUCAUUGAAUUUAGUGAAGCAGAAUUUGCAGAACCACAGGCUAAUAUUACCAUGUCUUCAAGUGUUAAGAGUUUACUCAACCAACUCUGUAAAUGCAGUAUCUUUGGGAAAGAAUGGAGUAGUAGAACUGAUGUUUAAGAUCAUUGGCCCUUUUAGUAAAAGGAAUACUAGCCUUAUGAAGGUUGCUUUAGACACACUUGCUGCAUUGCUAAAAUCAAAAACAAAUGCCAGGAGAGCGGUAGACAGAGGAUAUGUGCAGGUGCUUUUAACGAUAUAUGUUGAUUGGCACCGUCAUGAUAGUCGUCACAGAUACAUGCUGAUACGUAAAGGAGUUUUGCAGUGCAUUAAAAGUGUUACAAACAUCAAACUGGGAAGAAAAGCAUUCAUUGAUGCCAAUGGGAUGAAAAUUCUUUACAACACUUCACAAGAGUGCCUUGCAGUAAGAACUCUUGAUCCUCUUGUCAACACAUCCAGCCUAAUAAUGAGAAAAUGUUUUCCUAAAAAUCGUCUUCCUUUACCAACUAUUAAAAGUGCUUUCCAUUUCCAACUCCCAGUUAUUCCUGCCAGUGGUCCUGUGGCUCAGCUGUACAGUUUGCCUCCUGAUGUGGAUGAUGUUGUAGAUGAAAGUGAUGAUAACGAUGAUGCUGAAACAGAAUCAGAAAUUGAAACUGAAAAUGAUGAUGACAAAGACCAACAUUUUAAGAAUGAUGAUAUUGAGACUGAUAUUAAUAAACUGAAACCUAGACAGGAAUUGGGAAGACCCAUAGAAGAACUGAAAAUGUAUGAGCAGUUUUUCCCAGAACUUUCGGAAAACUUUCAGGAAUGGGACUUAGUUUCCAAGGAACCAAAGCCUUUUGUACCUGAUGCAAAUCUGAGUGGACCUAUUGUUGUUCCUACAGCCAGCGAGGAGCACCCUGCUGAAGGAAACCAAUCAGCAAAAGGGAUUGCUUUGAAGGAAAGCAAUCCUUUAUUGACAGAGGAAUAUAAUAGAAGGCCAGUCUUUCUGGAACUACCAAAGAAAGAUGGUAUGAAAGACAGUAGUUCACAUCAGCAAAAUGAUCAAAGAAACGUGUUUUCAUCAUGCCAGUGUCUUAGCCAAGAAAUUGUAAAAGGCUUAGACAGAAUCAGUCUGCAGAACAGUGCGAAAAAUGAUCAGUAUUAUGGUCCAGGGUGUGUAGUAAAGAAGGAAAGCAAAGCUAGCCUUACCACACUUGCUUGCAGCAAACCUUGUGAACAUGUCUCACCCUGUGGAAGUAGCCUAUUUGAAGGAUCAUCUGUCCAGCUGGGAAAACUGUGCUGCACUGGAGUGGAUUCAGAGGAGGAAGAGGAUUCCAGAUCUAGUUCAUCAGGGGAACAAGUCAUGCUUGAGGUUUCCGAUGUAUCAUCAGUUCACGACUGUGAUCUUUAUAUUGAAAUGGUAAAAACGACAAAAUCUAUUCCGGAAUAUUCAGAAGUGGCCUAUCCAGAUUAUUUUGGCCAUAUUCCACCCCCAUUUAAGGAACCUAUUCUGGAAAGACCAUAUGGGGUACAGAGGACAAAAAUCUCUCAAGAUAUUGAAAGGCUGAUUUAUCAAAACGACAUUAUAGACAGAGUUGUGUAUGACCUUGAUAAUUUAAGUUGUUCAGUACCAGAGGAAGCAGAUGUUUUGAAGUUUAAUUCCAAAUUUGAAUCUGGAAAUCUGCGCAAAGUUAUUCAGAUCAGAAAAAAUGAGUAUGAUCUAAUUCUGAAUUCGGAUAUAAAUAGCAAUCAUUAUCAUCAAUGGUUUUACUUUGAAGUCAGUGGAAUGAAAACAGGCAUUGGUUACCGGUUUAACAUCAUCAACUGUGAAAAGUCAAACAGUCAGUUUAACUACGGAAUGCAGCCCCUCAUGUAUUCUGUUCAAGAAGCACUAAAUUCUCGACCAUGUUGGACUCGUGUUGGGACAGAUAUUUGUUACUAUAAGAAUCACUUUUCAAGAAGUUCAAUUGCUGCUGGAGGUCAGAAAGGAAAAUCCUAUUACACAAUUACGUUCACAGUGGCUUUCCAACAUAAAGAUGAUGUGUGCUACUUUGCUUACCAUUAUCCAUAUACAUACUCAACUUUAAAGAUGCAUCUUCAGAAGCUGGAAUCAAUGCACAACCCUCAACAGAUAUAUUUUAGACAAGAUGUUCUCUGUGAGACACUGGCUGGCAACAGUUGUCCAUUAAUCACUAUUACAGCCAUGCCAGAGUCCAGUUACUACGAACAUAUCUGUCAGUUCAGGAAUCGUCCUUAUGUUUUCCUGUCUGCACGUGUACAUCCUGGAGAGACUAAUGCAAGCUGGGUUAUGAAGGGAACACUGGAAUACCUUAUGAGUAAUAGUCCAAAUGCGCAGUGUUUACGGGAAUCUUAUAUUUUUAAAAUUAUUCCCAUGCUCAAUCCAGAUGGUGUCAUCAAUGGAAACCACCGUUGCUCUUUAAGUGGAGAAGAUUUAAACAGACAGUGGCAAAAUCCAAAUCCAGAUCUGCAUCCCACUAUUUACCAUGCUAAAGGGUUACUGCAAUAUUUGGCUGCUAUAAAACGUUUACCUCUGGUCUACUGUGAUUAUCAUGGUCAUUCUCGUAAAAAGAAUGUAUUUAUGUAUGGCUGCAGCAUCAAAGAGACCAUGUGGCAUACGAGUGUUAAUGCUGCCUCUUGUGACCUGACGGAAGACCCUGGCUACAGGGCACUCCCCAAGAUCCUGAGUCAGAUUGCUCCAGCAUUCUGCAUGGGCAGCUGCAGCUUUGUAGUAGAAAAGUCCAAGGAAUCUACAGCACGAGUUGUUGUCUGGAGAGAGAUAGGAGUACAAAGGAGCUACACAAUGGAAAGCACAUUAUGUGGAUGUGACCAGGGCAAAUAUAAGGGAUUGCAGAUAGGGACAAGGGAACUGGAAGAGAUGGGAGCAAAAUUCUGUGUUGGCUUACUGCGUUUAAAAAGAAUGGCCUCAUCCUUGGAAUACAAUUUGCCUUCUAGUCUGUUGGAUAUUGAAAAUGAGCUGAUUGAGUCAAGCUGUAAAGUGACAAGCCCCACUACAUACAUUUUGGAUGAAGAUGAGCCUCGCUUCCUUGAAGAAGUUGAUUACAGUGCAGAGAGCAAUGAUGAUCAAGAUGUUGAAUUAGCUGAUAAUGUGGGUGAUUAUGAGGCAACUAAUCAAGAUGAUGGACUUUCAGACUCAGAUUCAACAAGGAUACUCCUUUCUUGAACCAGCUUUGCCUCCAGUAAUAGGAAAUUAAGUAUCCUGGGUUUCCACAGUCAUACACUUCCUUGCUGUUUUCUACAAAGGGGAUAAAGCUUCAGUUAAUGCAAAUAACUGGGGCCUGCCUAGCUCAAGGAUAAUAAAUAUUUCUGACAAAUUUGCAUAUGUUUUAUUUAAGGAGUUCUGUGUUUUCUUUUAGCACUGAAUAGAUAAAUUUAUUUACUAGUUCAUUUUUUUACUAAAGAGUACCGCAUGGCAUUUUGUGUCCUUAAACCCUAUCUUAAGAAAAAUGGAUUAUAAUUUGUGUUGUGUCAGAGUACAGAAAGUAAUUUUUUGUGGUAUGGUUCUUUGAGUUGCUUCCUAAAAAAUUACAUAUGUACAGAUUUUAUAAAUUAAUUUGUGUACGUGUGUGUAUAUGCGCGUGUGUAUACUGAAGUGAAGAGGUUAUUUUUCAGCAUUAUUUCAAAGAUACUUGAUUGUGUUUGAAGCAAUGUAGUGCCUGCUCUGAAACCAUUCAAUAAUUACUAAAUUAAAAAUGAGAACUUGGUGUAUGAAUUUU